UCCUGCCUCGCGCAGGUAUAGACGUACAACAACAAAUCCAGGCACAAACAGAACAGAGAGGAGCGAGGGAAAACAGCUCCGGAGUGGAGCGAGUAAAGAUCCGGAAUCUACUACUAACCACAAUAUACUUCCACUUUUUGACUAGCUAAUACGCUUUAUUAUUUUUGUUGCAACUGGAUUACACUCUUGGACUUCUCGUGCUUCUUUUUUCUUGAACGAAUUGAGCAUUAUCAACAUUUCAUUUAAUUAUUAAUUUGAUCUGGCCCAAAUACGUCCUUUAAAAGAUGGUUUUGUACAGGGAAAGUCAAUCGGAGCAACCACCGCUAUCGCGUAUCCUGCCACAUCUCUACCUUGGUGCAGAGAGUGACGUUACGCAGGACUGUCUGUCUACCCGUGGAAUAUCGUAUGUGCUCAGCGUCAGCCGAUGCUGUCCUCAGCCUUCGUUCGUGCUUCAGUCGCAGUACCUGCGAAUCCCCAUAGACGACUCUCUCCGGGACGACUUGUUACCCUGGAUCCCCCAAGCACUGCGAUUCAUUGAUGGGGCCAUGUCUCUCGGAUGUUCUGUUAUAGUCCACUGUGCAGCAGGAAUCUCUCGUUCCCCAGCUCUUGUUGUUGCUUAUGUAAUGUACAGCUUGGGAAUGGACCUGGAGCAUGCUUACAGGUUUGUGAAAGAGCGCAGACCUACAAUAUCACCUAACUUCAACUUUCUAGGUCAACUGCAGCUCUUCCAGAAUACACUACCUUUAAAAAACAAACACACAGACCAACCCACACAUCAGCCAGUCACAUCCUCUGAUGCAUGUCUGCAGAAUGCUGGCAAAACAACCAACAACAAUUCCACUUUGGGGCUGUUUACCAACAACGAUGUACAGGAAAGUUUUAUAGACAGUAAUUGGGCAGUUAACAGGUACACUAAGGAGGCCAAAGGGGAUGUACACUGUGAGAACAAGAACAUCAGAACGGAAGCUGCUCAGAGCCCAAACCCAAAGCCGGAGUUUACAUUAUCCCUCUCUGAAAAGCUCAGAGCUCUGACUCUCAGUGUGGAGCCUGUAGAGGUGCCGAGAGCAGCCAGUGUUGUGUCUCUCGCCCAGCAGGAUGUACACACUCCCACUGCUUCGAAGCCUAGUCAGCUUCAGAUUCCUUCCUUCUUAGAAAAGCGCAAAACUCUCACUCUGUCCCUCACGCCGAUCUGUCCUAGUCCCAAAAAUCACCAGAAGGGGGUAGUGUCGGUCAGCAGCGACUUCAGUCAAAGCGAGCUGAGCAGUAUCCCUGCUGCUCACAGACGUCGUGAUCCUUCAGCUGCAGGACUGAACAAAGCGCAUAGGUCCAGCAGCCGAGAAGCUUUUACCAAAUGUACCAACUCAAGAUCACAGAAAAGAAGGAGUGAAAGAAAAAAUAGCCCCUCUCUGAACAAGACAAAAGAGGAGCAGCCGAGACCAAAGGCAGCUUUGCCAAAAGAACAGAGAGACAGCACAACAGCACAGUCCCAGCGGAAGACUCAGAGCCGGUGCAAUACUGCUUCUCACCAGCGGGCAUCAGAGAUGGAACUCGCUGGAAGUGCCGUGGAGGCAGUAGAGGGAAUGACUGGAGAUCAGAGCCCACUCUCACCCAUUAACCUAACAAUCAACAGACUCUUGGGCUGGGGAGAACGUAUGUUGCUUGGGGUGCUUCUUGGUCCCCAUAUCAAAGUGGGACAGGCUGCCCUGCCAUAUAAAUGCUGAAGAACAACUCAGAAGCAUGUAAAACUUGUUCAUGCAUCAUUGGACUGAAGCCAGUGAAAAGCAUUCGGACUCUUGCUCCUGAAGUGAACAAGAAAGAACUUUAAUGAAGAAGGAAAAUAAAAAGGAAGUGUAUUUGUGUCUAAAUUUGCGACUUGACUGCAUGUAGGACUUCUGUUUGAAAUUAUUUGUGUGACUGUACUGUGGUUGAAUGCUUCACUAUAAAUCGCCUAUUGGCAGUUGACAAUGUACUGGAUGUGUAUAAAUGACUCAAGAUGACUGCAAUCUCUCUGUUGUAUUUAAAUGCACAGCCCGCUAUAAAUCUAUUUAUUCAAUUACAUUAAUUAUUGGAUUGUUGUUAUUUAUAAAUAGAUAUUUUGAGAGUGAUUAGCUGUUUUGACGCUGGCUUGUACAGAGACAGUGUUCAUUAAAGACAACAUAUUUAACUUUU